AUCUUGCCCCGACCAUAAAUUCUGUAUAAAACUAUUUACUACUGUCGAAGACAGAGAACAAGAAAAAUUUCUGAAAAUGUUCCUUUAUUUCUAAUUUACCAUCGUAAUCCGUAAGUAAACCUAUAGAAGAAUGAUUAUUUAAGAACCCUAUGAGCUAUUGAUGUGCAUUUUCGUUGAUUUGUCAUAGUUUUACCUAUGUAGUCGAAACGUGGUCAUUGCCAUGAUAUACUUUAUAUUAACACUUAUCUUGACGAUAUUUUUAAUUAUUCAUGUAAUUUUCAGAUCGUUGUCAACCAGUUUAGAGAACAGUCGUCAAGUUAGGUCCGUCCGUCUAAAAUUUCAAAUUGAGAAAAAAACAUGGCGAGAUUACAAGGAAACGCACAAGGUAUGAAGAGCGUCAGUUUAGAUCAAAUUUGGGACGAUCUGAGGACGGGAAUAGACCAUGUAUAUCAACGUCAAAGUAUGGCUAAAAAACGCUAUAUGGAUUUGUACACCCAUGUGUAUAACUAUUGUACGAGCGUUCAUCAAACGGGAACCAAGGGUAGCGCGACUAAAAGGAGAAACGCCACAUCAUCGAGUGGAGGAAAUUCAUCAGGUGCUCAAUUCGUUGGUUUAGAGUUAUAUAAGCGUUUAAAGGAGUUUCUCGAUUGUUACCUUCUCGUCCUUCGUGAUGCUGGUAAAGAAUUGAUGGAUGAGAAUGUUUUGAACUUUUAUACAAAACAGUGGGACGAUUACCAAUUCAGUUCAAAGGUUUUAAAUGGAGUUUGUGCAUAUCUUAAUAGACAUUGGGUCAGAAGAGAAUGUGAUGAGGGCCGAAAGGGCAUUUAUGAGAUUUAUUCCCUCGCUUUGGUUACCUGGAAAGAUUGUUUGUUCGAAUCUUUACAUAUCCAGGUUACUAAUGCUGUUCUUAAAUUAAUUGAACGAGAGCGAAAUGGAGAAGCUAUUAACACACGGCUUGUGAGCGGUGUUAUUAAUUGUUACGUCGAAUUGGGGUUAGAUGAAGAUGAGCCAUGUCAGAAAGGUCCAACAUUAAAAGUUUAUAAAGAUCACUUUGAAGAGGAUUUCUUAACCGAUACAAAACGUUUUUAUCAUGCUGAGAGCACAGAAUUUUUGCGGCAAAACCCAGUAACAGAGUAUAUGAAAAAAGCUGAUUCGAGAUUAAAAGAGGAAGAGAAACGCGUUCGAGAUUAUUUGCACGAAAGUACAAAUGAUAGGUUGGCUAGAGUUUGCGAAGAAGUGCUGAUUGAUCGCCAUUUAGAAGUGUUCCAUAUGGAAUUCCAAAAUUUAUUGAAUGACGACAAAGACGAAGAUUUGGGGAGAAUGUACCAAUUAGUUUCACGGAUCAACAAUGCCUUAACCGAAUUAAGAAAUUUAUUGGAAAGUCAUAUCACUCAGCAAGGCCUAGAUGCAAUAUCGAAGUGUGACGAUACUGCUGUUAACGAUCCCAAAAUUUAUGUACAGACAAUAUUAGACGUCCAUAAAAAAUAUAAUGCUUUGGUUAUGACAGCCUUCAGAAAUGAUGCUGGUUUUGUCGCCGCUUUGGAUAAGGCUUGCGGAAGAUUUAUAAAUUCUAACGAAAUAACAAAGAAAGCAGGAGCUUCUACAAAAAGUCCCGAGUUAUUGGCUAAAUAUUGCGAUAUUUUAUUAAAAAAAAGUGCUAAAAAUCCAGAAGAAGGAGAACUUGAAGAUACGCUAAACCAAGUUAUGAUUGUCUUUAAAUAUAUUGAUGAUAAAGACGUCUUUCAAAAAUUUUAUUCUAAAAUGCUUGCGAAACGACUUGUUCAUCAUAUGUCAGCCUCAGAUGACGCAGAGGCCAGUAUGAUUUCCAAAUUAAAAUCUGCCUGUGGUUUCGAGUAUACAUCGAAACUGCAGAGAAUGUUCCAAGAUGUCGGCGUAAGCAAAGAUUUAAAUGAACAUUUCAAACGCUACUGCGAAGAUACAGCUGAUAAGAGAUUAGACGUUGACUUUUCUAUUCAAGUCUUGAGUUCUGGUUCAUGGCCUUUUCAGCAGUCUCAAACAUUUUCCCUACCUACCGAACUCGUUCCGGCUUAUAAUUCAUUUACUAAUUUUUAUGCCACUAAACAUAACGGAAGAAAAUUAAACUGGCUCUACCAAAUGUCAAAGGGAGAAUUGGUCACUCAUUGUUUUAAAAACAAAUACACACUGCAAGCCAGUACAUUCCAGAUGGCGGUACUAUUGCAGUUUAAUUUAGAAUCUGAACAGAAUUUGUCGAGUUUGGUAGAAAGUACAGUUUUAAAAAAGGAUGUUCUCGAGCAAAUACUGCAGAUUUUAGUUAAGCAAAAAAUUUUGGAAUGUGAUAGUGAAGAAAAUAUCCAUGGGGAUACAGUAUUUAGAAUCUUUUACGGUUACAAGAACAAAAAAUUCCGAGUUAAUAUCAACCAGCCCCUAAAAGCUGAAGUUAAAAUGGAGCAAGCGUCAACUCAUAAACACAUUGAAGAAGAUAGAAAGAUAUUGAUACAGGCAGCUAUUGUUAGAAUAAUGAAGAUGAGGAAAGUUUUAAAGCAUCAGCAACUCAUUGCCGAAGUUUUACAGCAAUUGUCUGGUAGAUUUAAACCAAGGGUUCCAGUAAUCAAGAAAUGCAUCGAUAUUCUCAUUGAGAAGGAAUACUUGGAACGUCAACCUGAAGAAAAAGACACAUACCGCUAUCUAGCUUAA